AUGGAUUUCCGGGUUCCGAUUCUCCUCUUGUGCGCGGUAGCUGGGUCAUGCUUUCCGUCCGGGUCCGCCUCUUCCCGGGUGGGCUUUUCCGUCUGCAAUUACGAAUUCGAGCUGUUCCGGUUCGAUAUAGAAGCCAAGUGCCCUCCUUCGCUCUACCCAAGUCCUCCUAUCCAGAUAGAUGGAGACUCGCUGGACAGAUUGAUGGCUCUAAACAAUGGAAAUGGUUAUAUGUCAGUACUCUUUUACGCUUCCUGGUGCCCUUUCUCACGUGCUGUGCGGCCUACUUUUGAUAUGUUAAGUUCGAUGUUUCCUCAAAUACAGCACCUAGCUGUGGAGCAUUCUCAAGCACUUCCAUCUGUCUUUUCUAGUUAUGGAAUCCAUAGCUUACCUUCAGUCCUGAUUGUUAAUCAAACUUCAAAGACACGAUACCAUGGUCAAAAGGAUGUUACGUCCCUGAUUGAGUUUUAUGAAGCAGCAACAGGUCUGCAACCUGUCCAGUACGUGGCUGAAGCGGAACCAACAACGAGCUUAGACGCUGAGGAUGGUAACCUGAUCACAUGGUUACGCAAUGGGACAUGUAUCAGAGAAGUAUUCAGACGAGAUCCAUUCUUGGUACUAUCUCUUCUGUUCAUCUGUUUACAAAUGGCAAUCUUCGUCUUCCCCAUAGCACAAUCGCGCGUGAGAGCGUUGUGGGCUUCUUAUGUUCCCAAUCAUCUGAACUUGGCAAGAUUUGGAGAGAUAAGCCUAAUGUUCAGCCGUGUUCUUCACAUGGUCGAUGUGAGGAGGUUGUGGUUGAAACUAAGCCUCGUCAAAACAAGGAACUUCCAUGAAAGAGCAAAGAACGCUCAAGCGUGGGCUUCGUCGCUCGCAUCUGUCUCUCUAGGCCAAACUUCAGCGGACCAGUCUUGA